CACACCGUACCGAACCAACAGCAUUUAGCAAUUCAGUGCUGUGGAUGAAUGUAUUUGAGUUGCAAGUCACAACAAGUGGCAAAUUCGGAGUGGAAUUUUAUCAAUUUGUAGGUGGUCUUUGGAUGAAAUAAACAGUUUGUAAGAACAUAAAAUGUCUCAAGCUGUAAUUUCCCGGCCAGCCUCUGUGCUGAGCGUGGGUUCCAAGCCGGGUGUACCCAACUUACCGGAGAUUCAACACCCACUGUCCCGUCUGGGUAACCCGGACAAGUUGAACAUCAGGGGGUUGUCGAGCAGCCAGGGCGGCCGUCCCAUGAGCAAUACUGUCGGCGAGCCCCAGGUUAGCAACUUCGCUCCAAGGCUGUCUAUGUCAGCUGGAUUCGGUUCUGGUGAUGCUGCUAGGCGAUCCUUACCGAGAAUUCCUCGACCAUUUUCAAACAUUCCCGAAGGAGUGGAAGUCAAGGAGGCUGAGGAUCAAACGAAGACAAGAUUGCCAGUAUUUGGCUCUCGUGCUGAUAUUGCAAGCCGUGCUGAAAACCGGGCUGUGAGUGUAGCAUCUCGAAUGUCACGACCUGAAACAAGAGUCAGGCUUGAAUGUGAUGAGAUUGAGAUGAUUCUCCGUGAGAAAUUGAAGAAAUCUUACUUUGAGCUCCGCAAACUGUUCAUCUCUAACGACCCUGAAGGACGAGGGAUUGUGAGCCGUGACGCACUCAAUCGUAUUCUCAUCAUGUUUGCUGGUCGCUUCAUUAGUACCAAACAAUUCAAUCAUAUACUUGCAAGACUUCGAUUGCACGAUAAGCAAGUGAUCAAACUUGAAGAGUUUUACGCCUGCUUUAAAGAGCAAGUUAUUCAAGAUGUGAUGCCGGCCUGGAUGGAUCCUGUCAACAGAGGGCCUGCGGAGAAGGUAGCAAUGACAGCUACACAGGUUCACGCACAGCUCAAAGAGAAAGCUAGACAAAGAUUCAUGGAUGUAGCUGAGAUGAUUCCGCAGAUGAAUCCAGGAGGAACUGGACGCAUCCUCAAACCAGAACUUAGAAAUGUCCUCAACAAGAUGCUCUUCUUUAUGGAUGAUGAUGAGUUUGAAAAGCUAUGGAACAGAUAUGAUACUGAGAAACUGGGCGUAAUUAAAGGAGAGAGACUGAUGAAUAAGUUAGGCAUCAGUCUACGAACCCAGACAGCUAUGCCUGAAGAGGCUGCUUAUCGACAGGGUGCUGGUAGUCCAGAACUCAGCCCAAGAACUUCACCCAGGAGAUCCGGUCGCCGUUUAGACAUUGAGAGAGCAAAGUCCAUGGACGUUGAGCGAUGGCUAAAGGAGAAAUUCCGUCAAGGAUUCCACAAGAUGAAAAAAGACUUUGAGAAACACGACGUGGAGAAAAAGGGAGAGAUUGAUCUAACAAAGUUCCGUGACGUUCUUGAGCGGUACGACCUGAAGUUGGACAAGCAGCAGUUGGAUGCCUUCUUAGCUCGUUGUAACCUGUCUGUACAUCCUAAGAGCAGAGCCGUCUCAUACUUUGAUUUCCUCCAGAGAUUUCAAGAUCGUAGUGACACUGGACUACCACACAAAAUCUUGCUGAAUCCAGAACACAUGUAUAACAGAAGCAUAAGAGCAGACAGUCCUGGUGCAGCGUCUAAUGUCACUGCAGCUGAAGCUAAGAUGAUGGGUCUCUUCCAGGCAGAGUUCCUCUCUCUUCUUGGUUCUUUCCAUAAGAUUGACAAGUUGCGAACUAACGUGAUCAGCCAACAGGAGUUCAGGGCUGUUAUAACUAGUAGAUUUAAUGUAGAAAUGUCCGAUGAAGAGUACACAAUGUUUGUAGACAGACUGCCCCUAGAUGAAGAAGGCAAUGUCAAAUAUGCUGAAUUCAUGGCCGAUUUUGACACAAGGGGCGGAGUAGCACCUAGUCUGUUUGAUGCUAAAUCAGUGUACAACAGAUCCUCAAGUCCAGAGGGGGCAGCCAUGGAUGUCGGUCAAUCAGGAGUUAGAAACAGCUUUGAGGAGCCCAUGGAAUUCGAUGAUUUCCAGAAAGGCAGACCGCUGAAAGAAAUUUCAUCAUUCGUCAAGAAACUCCUCCAGGAUCGCUUUGCAGAUGUCGAGGAAGCCUUCCGUGAAUUAGAUGAGCAAAACACAAAACACAUGUCGCAAGAAACAAUGUACAGAAUGUUCAAAAAAGUUGGAGUCCGACCUGAGAUCACCAGAGGAGAGAUCCGACGUCUCUGGGAUACAUUCAUCAUCUCUCAGAACAGAACUUAUAGUUUCUUGGAGUUUGUUCGUCACUUUGGCUACUCAAUGAAAUCAGCCAGUUUCCCUAACGCUAAGCUCUCACCACCCAAACGAGGAGACUCGGACUUCUUAAUCAGGUCCAGGAAGCUCAAUUGUGCUGCUGAUAUGCUGGAGGAUAACCUCAGGUCAAAGGUUGACUACAUGUGGGAUGAUCUGAGGAAGGAAUUCCUAGGUCUUGAUGUUUAUGGUACAGGCUUCGUUAGCAAGGAGGAGUUUAGGGACGUCUUGCAGGAACUGUGUGUUCAUCUUAACCAGUAUGAACUACAGGCACUAUGUAAUAGAUUCGAGAUCAAGCAUGACGGCAGAGUAUCUUACAUAGAGUUUUUGAAACCGUUUGCGCUACGUAAGCAAACCCAUCGCUAUGGUAACAACAUGUUGAAUCUGUUGACUCACCCACAAGCUGAAGUACCUAUUGCACCUAUAGUGAAUGAACCAGUCAAAGGAUUGAGUGGCAUCACAGCAAGGCUCAGACAAAGGUUGGUUGGUGAUUGGAGGACACUCCGUCGUGCCUUCAAGAAGAUUGACAUGGGUCAUACUGGCUACCUGACCCUGCCAGAGUUCCGUAACGUUCUCCGUCUGUGCAGCAUGGUCUUAGAUGAAGAUGAAGUCUAUCACGUCAUGUCAGAGUUUGAUGAGAAGAUGGACGGAAAGAUCAACUAUAAUAAGUUCCUUAGCGAGACAUUCAAUGCUGACGUUAAAGCACCAUGAUUCGAAAUAAAGGACAAUAUUUGUACAUAAACAUUUGAGAUAAUACUAGUGCAUGAAACGGUUGCUUUAAAUGGUGCAGGGAUAGACCUUAAAAAUGGUCCAAAAGUAGACCUUAAAAAAGGUCAUGGUGAAUCGUUUUCCAACAUUCAAAUCAAUGUAACCAUAGUGAGGCUAGGAGGCAAAGUAGUCUGGCCCCGAUUGUUGUACAAUGAGUAUUGAUGGUAAACUAUUGAUUAGGUUUCAGCUUGAAGGAGCUUCAAGAAGUGCUUCAAAUAAUACUCAAUUUACUGAAUGUGGUUUCAUCUGAUACAGCCAGCCCAACCUCCUGUGCCAUGCUGGACUGUGGUGAUAUGUUACAUGUAUACUUAAGGUGAUACUAAGAAUAUGAUCAACUUUUUUCCCUCCAAAAAUGUGAAGAGUAAAUUUGUCUAGACUGAAAUCGUGCAUAACACGAGUUUUAAAAAAGCCAAAAAAAGUCAUGAAAACUUUGACUAAGGGAAUAAAAGGGUAGCGGCAAGUUCUUAAUCGGCCAUUUAAAACUAGCAGGGUCUUGGCCGUGCGAAAAAAAAGGCCUCGCCUUUGCUCGGGCUUUUAUCGCUCGGGCUUUUAUCGCACGGCCACGAUAAAGGUUAGUUAUUCAAACUGUGAAAAGACUUUUGUUUUACAGGAGAAGUCCACGAUAUAUCAGACAAUUAGUAACAACUUAAUUUAGAGAAAACACCAAACCACCUCAUAUAAAUCAGUUCAAACUUUUUAUUACAAAAAGCAACAUUAUUUACAAAUUAAAUGAAACUAUUUAUAUUAAAUACAUACAAACAUCAAUGGAUGCAAAAAUAUUGAUGACAAAAAAUAGGUUUUUAAUAAAAAAUAAUCUAUUCCAAGUUUGUUUUUAAAAGCAACAUGUAUUCCUUGUACAUAGAUAAUGCUUGAGUGUACACUGUAUUUGACUCCACACAAGUAACAUGUAAUUAAUUGUACAUCAUUAAGGUUUACUGAUAUUCUGUAUGCGUGUUUUUAACUAUAAAGCUGUUGCUUCAAUAGACCUUAUGCAUUGACAUCAUUACUCAGCCAUCUUAAAGGUAAAACAAUAAUGCAACAAUGAUAAACGCAGGUCUAUGCACGUGCAUCACACAUCAUGACCUUUAUAACCUCUAGCUGUGGUUGCUCUACUCAAAUUAUGUCAUGUGCGUAAGGUCUAUUCUAAGCUGUGUUGCAUCUAUUAUGAAAUACAUAGUAAUACAAAAGCAAAGCUAGGUUUGAUAUGCUUUAUCUCUAAUGUCUAAUACUAAUUUUCACAAAGCAUAAAAUACCAAAACAUUCGUGCCUAUUUUUGACACUGAUGUUGAAUGUAAGUUACCUCGAUCAAACGUUAGUGUGUGUUUCAUAACAAUAUUCCAACGACAUAACUGACAUAAACUUCUGUAAGGCUAUGUGCAUAAUAAAAUAUAACAGGUGAUGAAAGUUUGAUGAUUGAAAUUGUGUAUUUCAUCCUUGGAACUAUAAAGCUGUUGCUUAGACUCACUUUUAUACAUACUUUUGCAAACAGAGUUGUACUUGUUUUAAUAGACCUUUAUCAUGGUGCAGCCAUCUUGAAUUUCUCCCAUUGAUAUCAUUGAACCAAACAGAGGCUGGAAGAAACAAAUAGUCUGGUUUCUAAAGUGUUUUGUUCCCUUUUCUAGAGAAUCCCCUUCAAACAAAGAAAAACAUUUAUUGUUUAGAAGUCCCAAAAGCUGGGUGUACAUGAUUAUAGACCAGGGUUGUAAGACACUUUUACUUUUUCUGCUGAUGCCUCUAAAUUCACAAGCUACAUGUACAUUAAGUGCAUGUGUUUCAAUGACCAUUGCUGUACCUUCAGGGACAUGAUGAUGUUUUUAUUGAAUUGUUUUUAUUGACAUAAAACGUUUUUGUGUCACUUUUUUUGCAUUUCCUUUUCUCCCCUGACAAUCAUAAAUUUUGCCAUUUUAACCAAUACAAAUACUGCUGGAAAUGAACUGGAAAAAAACUUGUAAAUUGGUUGUGUCCUAAAAAACAUAUUAAUGGACCAUUAAAACACUUACUUCAAUGACUUGGUAACUAAGGCAAUCUAUGCUAAUAUCAGCAAUCUCCCACACUCAGCACCACAAAGUAAUUGUUUAAAGCAAGUCUGUUAAUAACACUUCUCAGUCAGAGAUGCCAAGUCCAGAGGCCAGCUAUGCGUGAGAUUUUCCAAAGCUCACCAG